AUGGAAAGUGAUAAAAAAAACAGGGCUUAUCAGAAAGGUGAGACUCGAAACGUUGUUUAUGGUGACUCGCCUGUGCUUCAUUCAAAUAGAAAAGAAAAUAUUAGCCAACGAUUUAUAGAUCCAGUUGUGUCCAAUCCGAUAUUUGGAGAUUCCAAAGGUAUGGGUGGUGAAAAUAGUGAAAGUGUAACUUUAGCUCAACAAGUUUUGACUCCUAUUAUUAGUAUUGGACGCAUAUCUGACGAAUAUUUGGAUGCAAUCAAUAAAUAUCGAGCUCAUUUAAGUCUACCGCAACUGACAUUUUCAUCAGAUUUAUCAAAACGUGCAAUUGAGAGAGCCAAUUACUUAUCGAAGAGAGAUAAAGUGGAAAGCACUAGUAGAAGUGAUCUGAUCUACAAAGACCAACCGAUAGGCGAGACGGUGAUAAGUUGUCGGUCUCCAGUAAAUGAUGGUAGUUCUGUAGGGAAAUUAAUUUAUCGACAAUUGGUCAAUGAUUUGAAAAAUGGAAAUCCACCAAAGAAACGAUAUGCUCCGAUACUAAAUCAGGAUUGUAAAGAAGUUGGUUUUGGUUUAGUUCGUAAUGAUAUCUCACAGAAAGAUUAUAUCGUUAUUUACUAUUAUCCUGUUAGAAAAGCCGAGGAAUCAGCUAGUGAAACCUUUUAUUUUUUCUAA